CGCCAGCACCUGGACAGCUUGAAGCAUAUGCUUCCGGUGCCCGACCCGAUACCGGAGGUCAUUGAGGGCACCCUUGUAAUUGAAGCACGAGAUGGGUACAAGCUUCCCACAAAGUAUUAUCGCCCAGCUGCGAAUGGUGAGAAGAGGCCACUCAUGGUGCUUUUCCAUGAAGGUGGAUGGGUCAUGGGUGAUGUUGCGGAUGAAGACUCCAACGCUAGGCACUUUGCGAGAGAUCUCGGUGUUGUCUGCCUCAAUGUAGAGUAUCGAUUGGCACCUGAAAAUUCUUUCCCGAUGGGUGUUCUUGAUUGUUGGGAUGUUCUCAAGUGGGCUGCUGCCAAUGCUUCUGAGGUCGGGGCAGACCCAACCAAAGGCUUCUUAGUGGGCGGAUCUUCUGCUGGCUCAAACAUUGCAGCGGCGUUGGUCCAUGUCUCCAUCAAGGAACAGCUGCAACCUCCAAUCACUGGUCAAUGGCUCUGUGUGCCAUUCCUUCUCCCACCUGAGAUUGUCCCCGACAAGUACCGACAAGACUACACAAGCAUGUGGUCCAACAGAUCUGACCCUGUCCUGGGACCUCUUCUUGAGGGCCCUGAAGAUUCCACAGCCGGCAGCUUCAUCGAAACGUUGCUCAAGGUUGACGUCCACUCACCUCUUUUUUCACCAUUUGCGAAAGAGUGGUAUCCACCAACAGCCGAAACAAAGCACAAACUACCCAAGACCUUCUUCCAGAUCGCGGGACUAGACCCUCUUCGAGACCAUGCUCUUAUCUAUAAGCGGGCUUUGGAAGAAGAGUGGGAAGCUCCCACCCGACUUGAGCUGUAUGAGGGGUAUGGGCACAUGUUCUGGACCAACUGGCCCGAGCUGGAUAGGUGUCAGGAUUAUUGGAAGGACAUUAUAAAGGGCAUUGGGUGGUUGUUG